AGCCAAUUCAGAGAAACAUUGUCUUAAAACCUUCCUCUCUUCCUCUGUAAAAUCCUCCUAAGUCCACUUAUAUCCAACAAUAUUUUACCUGUGUCACUGCCAGUAGCUGCUUGCUCUUUCUAGGAAAAAAUAAUGGUGACUGUUGAUGAAGUUCGCGAGGCUCAACGUGCCAAGGGCCCUGCCACGGUCUUGGCCAUUGGCACCGCCACCCCUCCCAACUGCGUCCUCCAAAGCACCUACGUAGACAGCUACUUCCGCAUCACUAAUAGCGAGCACAUGACAGAGCUCAAGGAAAAAUUUCGGCGUGAAAGAUCCAACAUCGAGAAGCGUUACAUGCACUUAACGGAAGAUAUAUUCAAUGAGAACCCUAAUAUCUGUUCCUAUAUGGAACCUUCCCUAAGUGCUAGGCAGGAUAUUUUGCGAGUGGAGGUACCAAAGUUGGGCAAAGAAGCAUCUGUCAAAGCCAUCACCGAAUGGGGCCAGUCCAAGUCCAAAAUCACCCACCUUGUACUCUACACAAGUUUCGGUAGAGUAGAAAUGCCUGGAGCUGACUAUGAGCUUAUCAAUCUAUUAGGUCUCCACCCAUCUGUUAAACAUGUCAUGAUCUGUCAAGUAGGAUGCCAUGCUGGUGGCACUAUACUUCGCUUGGCCAAAGAUAUAGCAGAGAACAACAAGGGAGCUCGUGUCCUGGCGGUCUGGUUAGAGUUUAGUGACGUUGCCUCAUUUCAUGGACCUAGUGAAUCUUGUCUGGAUAACCUUGUUGGUCAGGCCUUAUUCGGUGAUGGUGCGGCCGCAGUUGUUAUUGGUUCGGACCCAAUACCUGAAAUUGAGAAGCCCUUGUUUCAAUUGGUAUCAGCAUCCCAAAGUAUCUUGCCAGAGAGUAAUGGAGCUCUCACCGGUCGUAUGCAAGAAGCUGGGCUUAUAUUCCACCUUGACAAGAAUAUUCCUAAGAUAGUCUCCAACAAUAUUGAGAGGUGUCUAGUGGAGGCAUUCCAGCCUUUAGACAUCAUAGAUUGGAAUUCCAUUUUCUGGAUUCUGCACCCAGGUGGUCGAGCUAUAUUGGACCAAGUGGAGGUGAAGUUGGGUCUUAAGCCUGGAAAGCUCCGAGCUUCGAGACAUAUUUUGGCUCAAUAUGGCAACAUGUGGAGUGCGUCUGUGCUGUUUGUCUUGGAUGAGAUGAGGAAGAAGUCAGCUGAAAAUGCGCUGAAAACUACAGGAGAAGGACUUGAAUGGGGCGUGCUGGUUGGGUUUGGACCUGGGAUGACACUUGAAACAGUGGUCCUCCAUAGUGUGGCUAUUUAAUUAAAUGGCAUAUUGCUCUUAAUUAAGUUUCUAUUGAAUAAAGUGAAGAUCUUAAUGUAUACCUUGAGCGACCAAGGAUUCAAGGGGUGAGUCUUUGUAUUGUGCAAGUCGUUCACUAAGUAUCAAUUUUUAUUUAAUCAAAUAUCAUCCAACAGAGAUUAUAAAUUAAUUAAAUAUCA